AAUAUUCUUGAAGAUCCGUAUCAACAUGCCUUCUUCCCCCAUGAAUCCAACAAAACCUUUCUCAUGAAUCUCUCAAAAUAUUAUCCUCUCUCUCUCUCUCUCUCUGAAAGAAAAAUAUUUUAAUUGCAAAAAGACUCUCUUCUUCGUUCCCAUCAUCACCAUGACGCUGGAUAGUUACAACGGCGAUGUUCACACCGUACCUCAAUCGGAGAACUCGCCGAUCGACACCGACAAAGAUAGAGAGCUGUUCGUGCCGCCGCUCAACUUCGCCAUGGUUGAUAACGGAAUCUUCCGCUCCGGUUUUCCUGAACCGGUUAGUUUCAGCUUCCUCCAGUCCCUGCGACUCCGAUCCAUCAUAUACUUGUGCCCUGAGCCAUACCCAGAGGUGAAUGUAGAGUUUGCGAAGUCCAAUGGGAUCCACGUGUUUCAGUUUGGAAUCGAAAGAUGCAAGGUGAGGAGCAUAGUAGAGAUCGAUCUAUACCUGAGGAUCUCUACUAAGAUUAGAUGUUUCUCUCUGUUUUUUUUUCAGGAGCCCUUUGUUAAUAUACCGGACCAAGUUAUCCGAGAAGCAUUACAAGUACUCCUAGAUACAGAGAAUCAUCCUGUCUUAAUCCAUUGCAAAAGUGGCAAGCAUCGGACUGGAUGUCUAGUGGGGUGUGUGAGGAAGAUACAGAGAUGGUGUUUGUCUUCCAUCUUCGACGAGUACCAGAGAUUUGCAGCUUCCAAAGCUAGAAUCUCUGACCAGAGAUUCAUGGAGCUCUUUGACAUCUCCAAUCUAAGACAUUCACCACUCUCCUUCUCAUGCUCCAAGAGGUGUUGAUCACUGUAAACGAAACCUACAACUUAAAUAAAUAGUUGUUGAAUGUCUUGAAAAGUCUCUUUAGCUAGAUGAAAAAUCAUUCAAAUAAAAAAAACCCUUUCAUUGCAAUGUAAAUAAAUAAACAUUGUAGGGUUUUUCUAGAGAGAAAAUUGUAUAGGCUUGGUUACAAGACUCUCCAUUUAAACGCUAUCAUCAUGUAGAACAAGUUUUAUCAUAAAGUCUUUUUACCAAA